UCUUCCUCAUUAAGUGUAACAUGAAUGCUACAUAUCAUGGUAAGAGGGAUUACACAGAAAGAAAAGAGCAGUUCAAAUCUGACAUGACUACCUAUAUGCUCUAUCUAUGAUUCAAACUCCUUAAUUUUGAUGCAUGGACAAAUGUAAAUAGUGAGAACUCAAUCCAGAAAGAGACAUGAGUAUCUCUCCCAUGCAUCUCUAAGGGUCUCGUCAUUCUCCUGUGCAAAGUAAGUGAUCUCCUUUCGUAGAUCCAUAGUAUUGGAAGAAGGAUGAUAGCGGACUAGGAACUUGUUCACCAGAUCAACCCAUAAUGUGAUCGACUCAGGUGCAUUGUUUUCCAACCACAACUGAGCCCUUCCAUCCAGAGAGAAGGGGAAGUAGCAAAGCCAGAUUGCUUCAUAAAGUAAACCAUUGAUAAAUAUUGAUUUGCUCGAAUUUCCUCUAGCACCAAUAGUUUACGACUAUCCUUGGAUACAAGAAGAUCAAUGAGUUUUAGUGGAUAGAUGCACAAGGGACCAGAGGUGCAAGAGUGGAGCGAUGGAGAAAUGUUCAUGUGGAGUCUCAAGGAGAGAUAGAUUGGGAUGACUUGUGUGAGUAGCAGGGAUGGGGUGUAGCUGAGGCAGAUACAUGAUCAUGCAUGUCUUCUAGCACUUCUUCAGCAUAUGAGGAUAGACCAUUGAUGUUCUGACUAGAGAGUUCCUCGCCACAUUCUCAAAUCACUAGCAUGAAGCUCUAGUUAGAAAUGCAUCACCUAUCAGUUGGUGGGGAGGCUCUUCACCAACAGUUAUGAUAGCUUCGCAUAGAAGCUAGGGAUCCCCCAUACGACACGAGAGGUGCUCUCUAUGAUGCUAGCCUGAGAGGCUAUUGGGACUCAGCAUCACAACAAGGGAUCUUCACAGCUUUAUGGAAGAGGAUUACAAAGAACUCAAGGUUAGAGUUUUCUUCUGGUUAUGCUAGACCUACCCCCAUCCGCCUACCAUUUAUGAGGUUCGUGCCUUACCUUGGCCGAACAAUCUUUCAUAUGAAGCAUAAAGGCAAUGCACGCAAGGUCACCAGUAGUGACUUGGUACUUUUCAUGAUUUUAUAAAUUUAUGGUUAGACGUUAUAAAAUUAUUAACUGUAGUUUUAAGGGUUCAUGAAAUGGUUGUCAUAUUUAUUUAUGAUAACAUUUAAUAGAAAGAGGGUUACUUAAAGUGUGAUUUAUGAUUAAUACUUUUGAUAAAUUUUUUGAGUUAUUUGAAGACAUAAUUUGGAAUUUUUAAUGGAAAAUGAAUUUUUGGAAAUGUAGGAGGAUUUAAUGAGGUUUAUUCCAAGGGUUAUUGAUUUAAUUGAAAUGAUUGAAGUUUUGAAAAAUGUUGGAAAAAAUUCCACUUUUGAGAAAUUUAUUUGAAAGUGAUUAAAUGUCAUUUUAAAGAACUUUUGGGACUAGAAAAUUAAGGAGGGAAAUUUUCCAGUACGUUAAAGGGACUAAAUUUGAGGAAUACUGACUAAAAGGAAACUAAUUUCGGUUUAUAGGAUUAAGGGAGCAAUUGUAUUAAGGGAUUCCAUGUCAAAGGAUAUAAAGAAAUGUCUCUUAAGGGAUUCUAGGGCUUAUGUGUUUUAAGUAAUUGCAUUGUGUGAAGUUAUGUGUUUGAUUUGUGAUUGUGUUUGAUUAUGCAUGUUUCCAUUGGAUUUAUUGUUUGGAGCAUUUCAAUAUCUACAUUUAAGCAUUUAAGUUUCUAACUUGCUAUAUAAAUAUCUAUAACAUUUAAGAACGAGUGUUUUUAGUAUUCACCGUUAAAUAAGUUAAGGUGAGAAGAGCAAGAGAAUAAGAAAGAAUAAUUUAAUAAGUAACAUCGCUUAGCUAGCCACAGUCACGAGGGAUUACUACUAGACGGCUAUACCUAAAUGCAGUAGUUGAUCAGGCAUGAAACUGGACGGCGUGUAACGCAGUUUCCAUUUUCAAGUUUUGAUACGCAACCAGAGUGAUACAUAACACGGUUGGCAUACCACAGUCUGACAACAGACGAUGAUAAGUAACGCAGUGGUACAGAGAGAGAGAGCAACCUGCCAGAUGAGGACCACAUGAGCACUUCCGAGGAUGUCUGACCACGGAUCUCAGUAAGCAGUAUCAUGAAAUUUUUAGUUAUUAUACUUUAUGAUUAUGAGUAAAGACGGGGGAUUCAGAUUAAGAUUUUAUGGUUUUCCCAAGUAUAGGGCUUCGUUUUAAGCCAUGAUCGUAUCAUUUCAGUUUAUUUGAACAAGUUUUUCGUUUCUUUUUUAAAAAAAAUUAAUAUGCUCGGGAGCAAACCCGUUAGUUAAAGAUUUCAAAGACUAAAAUGUUAUAGGAAAAGUCGGUCUACACGCGUUUUCCUAGUUCCUUGUGGUUUCAUUCAUGUUGGACACCAAGUUCCCCAUAUUUAUUGAGAUUCUGGGCUACAUUAGACCCUCCAAAUAGACAACCAAGGCAUCAUUUUAGGUUAUGGUCAACUGUUUUUAUGCCAUUUUCUGAGUUCGAUAUGAUCUCGCAUUCUGACUCCUAGGAGUUCGGCCUUGAUGUUUCCCUACUUGUACUAGGUGGUUCAUUAGGAUGCCAUGGCAUGUAAACACAUGAAACACUAUCAAAAGUGCAUUGAAAUAGUAAAAGUGAUCAUAGAGCUACUAAAACACACAUUUAGAUAUUAUUAAACAAAUUCAAGUGACUAUGACAAUAAAUAUAUGAACAGCAUGCAAUUCUAACUAUAAUAAAGGGAUCUAAAAUAGUAAUUUAUACGUGUCAUCAAUGUCACUAGAAUAAACAUUCAUAUAGUCGUUCAUCGUAUGGUAGUGAGUCAACUACUAGAAUUUAUCUUGACAUCAACAUUCUUAAAUAGACUCCCAUCACAAAUAAUCAAUCGAUCAAUCCAUGUAGUACUGAAUCAUUUUUUUUUUAAAUGUCGUAAAUAAAAAGUUGGAUGAGCGAAAUUCUAUAAGACUGUAUUUGGAUAGAUAUAUUUUAAAUACAUGUAUUGAAAUAGAUAGCUGUAAUUCGAAUUCAUUAUUAGGAUAUUCACAUUUUUUUAUCGGUAUUUCAUAAUUUUGGUAUUUGUUUUUUCAAUUUUGAUUUUUUUUUGUCCGCCCACAUUGCAAAUUGUAUAGAUGUUUUUCGUACCCAUGAAGAUGAAGGUGUAUGAUGGGAAAAGGUAUAUAAUCCCUUGCGCACAAAGAUCUGGAAGGUGUAAAACCAAAUAAAAUAUAUAAUAGAAAUGCUAUAGCUCCUCGUAGAAACAAGCAUAUAAGCUUGGCGAGAACGGCAAAGAGAAUCAACUAAUGAUGAAGGGAAAGGAAAGAAGAAGAUGCAAAAAGCAAACACCAGAGUAUGAAAAGGAGUCCAACACCCAAAAAGCCAGAUUAGGGCAGGGGCGGCAAACUCCCUUACUUUUGCUUUUUCCUCCUCCUCCUCCUUUUGUCCCCCCUUGAGCCCUUUACCUUUGGCCGGGGUGCUUCUUUUUGUUCGCUUCUUCUCCUCUCCUCUCAUGAAUAAAACAAAUAAAUACCCCCAACCGACGCCCUCAUUUCUCCUCCUCCCUUUCUCUCUCUCGCUUCCUCCUCCUUCCCUUCCUUCCGCAUUAUUCCCUUUGCCUCUCUGCGUCCUCAAUCCCCAAAGGUGGGUUAAUUAGUUUAGUUGCAUCUUCUCUUCUCUUCUCUUCUCAUCUCAUGCAUGCAGGCAGGGCGCUGGUUUUCAUAACGACACUUUGCCUUUAUUCUCUCAUCCAUAAGCGAAUCUAUUGGGCCGCGAACCCACCACGCAGCUGCUUUCAUUUAUGCGCGCAUAUCAUUUGAUUACCCACAUUACUAACUGUUGUUAUUCAAUUCCAUCCAUAUCUUGCUUAGCUUAGCUCAGCUCAUUAUCUGCUGGAGCCGAUCCAGGACUGCAGCGACGACAGAGCUAGACGCCGGCGCGGUCGGGUCGGGUCGUAGGAAAGAGAAGAGAAGAGAGAUCGAUGGCUCCGGUGUCAUUGCCACCUGGGUUUCGGUUCCACCCGACCGACGAGGAGCUGGUGGCGUACUACCUCAAGAGGAAGAUCAACGCCCAGAAGAUCGAGCUGGAGAUCAUCCCUGAAGUUGAUCUUUACAAGUGCGAGCCCUGGGAUUUACCAGGAAAAUCUCUACUGCCCAGCAAAGACAUGGAGUGGUACUUCUUCAGUCCACGAGACCGGAAGUACCCUAACGGGUCGAGAACGAACCGGGCCACGAAAUCAGGGUACUGGAAGGCCACGGGCAAAGAUCGCAAGGUGAACUCCCAGAUGCGUUCCGUUGGGAUGAAGAAAACCCUAGUGUACUACCGCGGGCGCGCCCCUCACGGUUCCCGCACAGAUUGGGUCAUGCACGAGUACCGCCUCGACGAGCGAGAGUGCGACUCCCCGGCUGCUUCUGGCUUACAGGUCCCACCUCAUGCCGCAUUCAUUGACGCAUAUGCACUGUGCCGAGUGUUCAAGAAGACGGCGCCUCCCACUGCUCCGAAGAUCAACUACGCCUCCUCCGCCAUGAAUCACCAUCUCCAGGUUGGGGAGCCGUCGUCCGGCAGCAUGGAGCUUUAUUCCGACACCGCCGCUGCGUACGUGGACACAUCAUGCUCUCAGGCUCCGUGGGCAGCAGCUGGAACCAAUACUACUACUUCCUCCUCCAUGCAGUUGCAGCAGGAUCCUUCUUUCACCUUCCAAACUGCUGCCUUCCCUUCCCCUUACGGAUCCUCGUCGUCGUCGAUCCCCAAUUACCCUCCCUCCAAGGUGGAUAUAGCAUUGGAAUGCGCAAGGUUGCAGCACAGGUUCACGCUGCCGCCGUUGGAAGUGGAGGACUACCCGAAAAGAGCGGCGUCCGACCACCACCAUUAUUACAAUCAUCAAUAUAGUAAUCAAUAUGAGGGCGGCGGCGGGGGUUCGGACCUUCUGCUGCAGGAGAUACUUUCCGUAGCUCACGCGUCGCAGGAGCUCAUACACAACAACAACAACAACAACAACCAGCAAUACAACAGUUUCCCGGCGGCAGGGUUCGUCGGGAACCACCUGGCGGCUGCUGAUCACGGUAACAACGAUUUCGCCUUCACGUCGUCGUCGUCGUCGUGGUUAGAUGGGCAGAUCAGUAGCUCCAGAAAUAUAGAGAUUGGUGACGUGGAUGGAGGAGAUCAUCACUUCGUGGCGGAGAACUUGAGGUGGAUGGGCAUGUCAAAUGACCAACUAAACAAGAGUUUUAUGGGGGAGAACAAGAUUGUUCCCAUAGCCAGCAUCACAAGCUUCACGUCGCAGAACUACAAUAAUCAGGAUGGCCUUGAAGCAGAUAAGGAUGGGCUCGGGUUCCUGAACGACAACGACGACGACGUUUACAAUUAUCUGGGGUUCAUCGGCGGCGGCGACGACCCUUCCACCAACACCGCCGCCACCGCAAGCUCGCCGAGCUUCGAUGAGGUGGUGGAGGAAGUUAAAGUCAACCACAGGCUGUCCGUCUCCACGCGCCAGGCCGCCCACACGUUCUUCCACCAGUCGGUCCCUUUCCAGACCGUGAAGAUCCAGCUCAACCAUCCCUGCCCCGACCGUACAACCACCACCACUCAUUACGCCGGAAGAAGAAAUGCCGUUGAUAAUUUGUUGGCUCUGGUUAUGUUGGCCGUCUUCAGCAGCCACUGCUUGUCUCUGCCGGACGAGAUCAACAACGGUAAUAGACUGACGGGUAAAUCGGAUGGCGGGAAGAGUGCCGCGAAGUUUCCGUCGCCGCCAGUGAUUAGCAUCCGGAAGCAGGGAUCGGCGGCGGUGAUGCUGAAGAAAUUUGGGAUAUUGCUAACGGUUUCUUUUGCGCUGUGUACCAUGCUGGUGAACCAUGUCGUGCUCCUCUAGUUAAUUUUUUUUUUUUACUUCCACAAUACCUUUUUCUCUUAGUUAUUUUUCUUUCUUUCUAAUUACACGGCCUAACUCUAGGUAUAUUAAUCAUGAUCGGGGAAGGUCUUUAAGGGGAAGUGGGGAAGUUGGAGAACUCUGAUGUUUGGAGCCAACUUCUUCGUUCAGGUUAUAUAUACAGUAAUUUGUGUUAAUUUGUUGUGGACAACCACUAAUGUGUUGACUCUAUAUAUUGGAUUAUACUUUUACAUUAUACAUCAAUUCUUUUUCUUAUUACAUGAUGAAUAUUAUAAGUACAAAAUCAUGGAUGGUUUAUAUGUUUGAAUAUUAACAACUAUAUUUGCAUACACGCGCAUUUUUUUUUAAUUUUGUAUUUAUCUCUCCUUUUAUAUAUACGUUGUAUAUUUGUAUGCGCCACGACUCUGUUGUGGCAAUGAACACGUGCGUGAUUAUUACUGACCCAACCGCGGUCUUUGAGACCCACAAUUAGCAAAACAAAUUAGAGACAAAAAAAAUACUAUUUUCUUAUUGAGAUAUUAUUUUUUUUUCAAGCGAAUUAUUGUGUAUAACAAAAUGAUCACUUGUGCUCCAUCUUGUUGUCUGCUGCUCUGCUUGUGCCGAUAACCCACUAAUUAGCAUGAAACGGAAACCUUGUAUUCAUUCAGGGAACUGAAGAAAUGCAGUUAGCUCAUCAAUUGAUCUUUUUUCUUCCUAUUCCAAUCUUUGGUCGAAGUUACUCUUUUUUUUUCCCCCUUGACAAUGGAAGAUAUUUCCUUAAUUUCCUCUGACCUCUAGCUUUGCAGUUAUCUCACUUGCUUCGAGUACAAUUCAAAUCGACAAGGAUGAUUGAAGAAACGGAUCAUAUAUCACUUGAUAAUGACCCUUAAUUUGGUUGAGAGAGAGGUUGGAACAAUUAAUAUCAUAGAUAGCUAAUUAAACCGUCUCACACAUAUGAAAACUAAAUUGGUUGCAAAGUUUCUCUAAAUUGGAGAAAGAUGUUGGAGAAGAUCAACAAAGCCCUCCCACACAGAUUAGUGAACCCCAAAAAAAGGAAAGAAAUUUUUUUUCAAGGAGGUUGGCUAAUUAAACUACACUUUCCCAAUUUCUCGCUGCAUCGUGACACAUUGAUAAUAAUAAAGACUUGGUAGCUCAGGAAAAGAACGGACAAUAAUGCACUAUUAGUAGAACUCGUAAUAAAGAACAAGUAGGCCAGAAAAAGAAUGAUGAUUCGGGCCUAAAUGUAUACUUUUCAUACCCGUUUCCUUAGGCGUUUGUGGCAAUUGAGCUCCGAAAGGUGUGGUUUUACGCUAGGUUUGUCGCGUUUCAGUGUGUUUCAGACUCAAACAGGUGGAACCAACUCCGAAGUAGAGAGUUGGAGGAAAAGGUGCGAAGAUCGGGCAAAAGGACGGGAGCAGCCGAAGUUCACGGCGGAAGCAAAGAGUUCACGGUCAUCAAAAUCGUGAACCGUGAACUGGUCAGGUUCCAGAGCGUUUCUUUAAGUCACCGGACUAAAAUCAGUUCACGGUCACACAACCGUGAACUGAAGCCAGAGACCGUGAACUGGCUAAGUGAAACGACGCGUCUUUGUUCGUGAUUGACAGUUACCGCCAUUAUUUCACGGCCGUGAAUGGGGACCGUGAACUGAGCGCGACAGUGUAUAAAAAGGGAGCUGAAAG